AUGGAUGAUAGUCGAUCGCUGCAAUCUUGCUCAUCAUGCGAUUGUGAUUGUGAUAUAAAUGGUAUUGAGCAAUCUUCCGUGCAAAAUAGACGUGUGGUUUUCAUUAAAAGACCAGGUGAAAAUAAUCCACCGACAGUUGACUGCUUUCAGUGUGAGGAUUGUGAAGGACCAACUUUAGCAGAUGUGAAAAAUGGUCACUGUAUUGUGAGGACUCUAUAUCUUUCAAUUGAUCCAGCUUUGAGAUGUCGAAUGAAUUCGAGAACAAAAGUUGAUUAUUUGGCAGCAUUUGAAGUUGGACAAUUAAUUGAUGGCAUGGAAGGAGUGGGUGUUAUUGAAGUACCUACGGAAAGUUGCCAUUUCAAAAAAGGAGAUCUAGUAACCUCUGUUGGGCGACUAUGGCCUUGGAGUAAGCUAUUUGUUGCGGAUCAACAAGAUCUGGCUAAAGUAAAUUUACCACCUGCUUAUUCGCCAUCAACUGUUCUAAGUUGUGUUGGUAUUUCUGGUAUGGCUGCUUUACUUGCAAUCCGUAAAAAAGGUGAAAUUGAUCGGAAUCGACCGCAAACAUUUAUCGUAUCUGCUGCUGCUGGGUCAGUUGGGUGUUUAGCUGGGCAGAUAGCUCGCAUCGAAGGAUGUACAAAAAUUAUUGGCAUAUGUGGUUCUGAAGAAAAGUGCGAAAUACUCAUAAAUGAACUUGGAUUUGAUGGGGCUAUUAAUUAUAAAAUGGAAUCUGUGCCUGACAGGUUGAACGUGCUUGCGCCUGAGGGUAUCGAUAUCUAUUUAGACAACGUUGGAGGUUUCAUCAGCGAUGCCGUCAUUGCACACAUGAAUCGGGGUGGUCGAGUGAUAAUUUGUGGCCAGAUUUCUGUAUACAAUACGGAUUUACCCUACCCACCUCCUUUGCCUGAAAAGACCGCUGAAAUUAUUGCCGAAAAAGGCAUUAAAAGGGAUCGUUUUAUUGCAUUAUCCUAUAAGGAUGACAUCGACGCUACAGUUGCUCAACUUUCACGCUGGUUACAGGAAAAUAGAUUACGCUCCAAGGAAACAAUUUAUCAUGGAUUAGAUAAAGCUCCAAAAGCAUUCGUCGACAUGAUGUCUGGAAAAAAUAUUGGCAAGAUGAUGGUGCGUGUCGACUAA